AUGGAGGGAGUGGAGAAGGCGGCGAGGGCGGGGGAGACGGACGGCGACAGAGGGGGGCGGAGAAAGCGACGCGGGCGGGGGAUACGGAUGGCGAUGGAGGAGGCGAGGGUGGGGGAGGCAGACAGCGACGGAGGGGGGCGGAGAAGGCGACGCGGACGGGGAAGACGGACGGCGACGGAGGAGGCAGAGAAGGCGGCGAGGCCGAGGGAGGCGAUGGCGCUGGAGGGGAAGGAGAUGCCGAUGGCGCUGGAGGUCGAUCACAUUUUCGUCUAUGAGUACUUGAAGAACGGCUCACUUCACGACCACCUGCAUGACCCAUCAUUCUCUUCCUCACCGCUGAGAGCGUCUUGGCAUAUGCGGAUCAAGACGCUGCUGGGCGUGGCGCAGGCCGUCGAGUACCUGCACUGCUACGCCCAGUGGCCGGUGAUCCACCGCGACAUCAAGCCGUCCAACAUCCUCCUGGACGCCGCCUGGGCACCGCGCUUGUCGGACUUCGGCAUGUCGCUCAUCUGGGACGAGGCGAACGAUGAUAAUGGCCCGACCAAUCGUGUCUACGGCACGUUCGGAUACAUGGACCCGGAGUACUACAUGACAUGUGUUGCGAAGCCGACGAUGGACGUGUACAGCUUCGGCGUCACGAUGCUAGAGGUGAUUACAGGAAGAAGGGCGGUUUUUAAUCGGAAGGAGGAGGACAUGCGCAAGGCGUUUGAUUCCAAGGCGGACGGCGGCGGUAUACCCACCAACUUGGUUGAGGCCACGGUGCCACGCAUCAAGGCGAAUAAUAAGGAACAGCUGCAGAUGUUGUUUGACAAGCGCCCGAAUCCGAAUGAUCUUCUAUACCGUGAUAAUUUUGAGGCACUGGAACUGGUAGCGCACACGGCAGUGCGCUGCGUGCAGCUGGAAGGAAAGGAUAGGCCGACCAUUUCGAAAGUCGUGGCCAACCUGCAGGCGGCGCUCGCCCGUGGUGGGUGGUGA